AUGGAACAACCACCGGGAUAUAUUGAUGCUUCCCAUCCAAACCAUGUUUGUCGUCUUAAGAAGGCAAUCUAUGGUUUGAAACAAGCACCGAGAGCAUGGUUCCAUCGCUUUAGCCAUUUUUUAAUCAAAAUUGGUUUCAAUGGCAGCAAAGCAGAUUCUAGUUUAUUUGUUCAUUCAUCAGACAAUGGCAUCAUUUACUUACUCUUAUACGUGGAUGAUAUUGUCAUCACAGGCAUCAAUGUGUCUCUCAUUGACACUUUCAUUAACAAGCUACGGCAAGAAUUUUCUAUGAAGGAUCUUGGCAAUCUAAAUUAUUUUUUGGGCCUAGAAGUAACUCAUUCUAAAAAGGGAAUGUUCCUCAGCCAAGUGAAGUAUGCAAGAGAUAUUCUUAUCCGAGCUGAUCUCCAUGAUUCAAAGCCGAUUGCAACACCAAUGAUUGUCUCCAAUCAUUUGACUACUGAUGGUCCUCUCUUUCAUUCACCAACAACUUAUCAAUCCCUUGUUGGUGCACUGCAGUAUCUCACCAUUACUCGGCCGGAUAUCACACAUGCAGUAAAUUCAGUAAGUCAAUUCAUGCAUUCACCAAGAGAACAACAUUUUCAAGCCGUAAAAAGAAUUCUCAGAUAUGUUAAAGGAACUCUUCAUUUCGGACUCAACAUCAGUCCAUCAAGCAAUCUCAACAUCUCGGCUUUUUCAGAUGCCGAUUGGGCUGGUUGUCCAGAAACUAGUCGAUCAACAUCAGGAUAUGUCAUUUUUCUGGGUAACAAUUUAAUCUCAUGGACCUCCAAAAAGCAGUCCACAGUAUCUUGA